ACCUCAUAAUAUACCACGACACAGAGAUGAGAGACAUGCUUCUCUUUCUUUGCUUCUUCGUAUUCCCUCUCACAUCGGCCAUUCAUAAAACAAGGAAUUCCAUGUAUGGGCAUUCACUCCUUGCAUCUCCCUAUGACGAGACGGGUGUUGGGGAACUUUGGGAAUGCUACAAACUCUGCUAUGACGACAAAGAAAACUGCGCCAGCAUCAACUACGACAUGAAAAAAGGGAGAUGCAAACGCAUGAAGUUUUCACACGUAAACCUGCCUCGCGAACUCGUGAAAAUGGAAAACUCAGUUUACGCGGAUAUAAGAGACGGUAAAUUUUGUGCUAACAAGCCCCACCCCCUUGGGAUGGAAGAUGGCCGCAUUUCAGACUCAAGUAUCACGGCAUCGUCAACUUAUGUUGAUUAUCGUGAGCACAACCCUCACCACGCGCGCCUCAACAACCAGCCAAUGACAGGACAACACAUAGGCGCAUGGGCACCCGAGAGAAAUGGAAAAGGCGAGUAUCUUCAGGUGGACGUUGGACGAGUCACGUGGAUUACCCAUGUAGCAACGCAGGGGCGCCCUCAAAACAAUCGCCAAUGGGUGACUGAGUACAGUGUGGAGUACAGUCUGACGGGAGAUCAGUGGCAGAGUUACCAAGACGGGAAUGGUGUGAUUAAGGUGUUCCCUGGCAACUCAGAUCAGACAACUGUGGUGAAGAACGAGUUCUCCCCUGUCAUCAAGGCGCGUUACGUCAGAAUUGUAGCACAUGCUUGGUACAAUUAUAUCGCUAUUAGAGCGGAGCUUUACGGAUGUGCAGCUUGACUUACUUAGUUAGGUAUCUUUGCAUUGGACUUUUAUAAUUUAAGGGUUUCUUUGGUGGAGUAGUCUUCUGUGCAGCCUUUCUUAGUGUCAGGCUCCAGGGGAUUUGAGAGUGACACAAAGAUGGAUGCGCGGGGACUAUUGAUGGAGGGGUUAUAGAGACACAUUAAAUUAAAUUUCCAGUUGAUUGGUGGCCUUUCUUGGUAAACCUUUGAGAUGUGGGCACUCUUAUAUGCGGGUCAAGUAUGGAAUGUGAUAUUCUCCUUAAAAUAAAAAAGACCAAUAAAGGAGUUUAAUUUAAGGUAGCCCACGUACAUCACUAUAGUAAAGUAGUUACUAAACGAGGUCAACUCUACCGCAACACGAUUAUAGAAUUAAAUUAAUUAGAAAGCAAACCAGAAAUAAACUGUAUUUACUUGAAACUGCUAUUGAAAAUCGAGAUAUUAAAGUUUACAUUCUACAAAGGAUUCUAGAGAAAGAGCCCGCUUUAGAGACAUGAUGCAGAUUGAUUUUGAUAGAUAGGAAUGAUGGUAAAUUAUUCACGUCAAUGUUAGCGAUCAGUAAAGGAACAUUACCAAAAUAAAAUAGCUCUUCGGCGUCUUAUCUUAAUAUAAUCUUUGCAUUUGUAAACAUAAUAGAUCAGAGUCUCCAAUAAAAGAGAAUCAGACUAAAGACAAAGACAAAA